UAAGGUUUAUUGGUCGCCUUGGUUAAAAUAAAACGAGUGUUUCGUCAGUUAACGUAGCAUAUAGAUAAACCAAAUCGCUAAGAAGUAUUCAGAAGACGCUGGCAUUUCAAACUUAACAUAUUUUACGGACUACGGAUUCGGAUCGAGACGUAUUUAACUACAAAUGAAGGUUUGGGUGAUAUUGGUAGUUUUAGCUGUGAAAAGCUCAGGAUCCAGUGUAAAUGCUUGCGACGCAUUAGCUCUUACAAGUUGCACUUUGCCAACCUCCGGUGGAAACAAUGUUUGCGGUUCCCUAGCAACGUAUAAAACCUGUGUAGAUAAUGCAGGUUGUUUUAGCGGGCCUGUUGAAAGUUCAUAUAAUACUGCCUUGACAGCAGGUCAAUGUGUGAACGACUCAGGAUCCAGUGUAGAUACUUGUGACAAUACAGCUUUUUUACUUUGCACUUUGCCAACCCCCAGCGAAAAUGAUUUUUGCGGCUCACUAGCAACGUAUAAAACAUGUGUAGAUAAUGCAGGUUGUUUUAACGGGGCUGUUGAAAGUUCAAUUAAUUCUGCUUUGACAGCUGGUCAAUGUGUGAACGGCUCAGGAUCCAGUGUAAAUGCUUGCGACACAUCAGCUCUUUUAAGUUGCACUUUGGCAACCUCCGGUGGAAACAAUGUUUGUGGCUCACUAGCAACGUAUAAAACAUGUGUAGAUAAUGCAGGUUGUUUUAACGGGGCUUUAGAAAGUUCAAUUAAUUCUGCUUUGACAUCAGCUCAAUGUGUGAACAGCUCAGGGUCCACUGUAAAUGAUUGUUACAAUCAAGCUGUUUUAAGAUGCACUUUGCCAACCGCCAGCGGAAACGAUUUUUGCGGCCAACUAGCAGCUUAUAAAACCUGUGUAGAUAAUGCAGGUUGUUUUAGCGGGGCUGUUGAAAGUUCAAUUAAUACUGUUUUGACAUCAGCUCAAUGUGUGAACGGCUCAGGAUCUAGUGUAAAUACGUGUGAUCCACAAGCUCUUUCGAGUUGCAUUUUGCCAACCACCAGCGGAAACAAUAUUUGCGAUUCGCUAGCAACUUAUAAAACAUGUGUAGAUAAUGCAGGUUGUUUUACGCUUGUUGAAAGUGCAAUUAACUCUGCUUUGACAGCAGCUCAAUGUGUGAACGACUCAGGAUCCAGUGUAAAUACUUGUGACUAUCAAGAUCUUUCAAGUUGCACUUUUCCAAACCCUAGUGAAAACAAUAUUUGUGGCUCACUAGGAACGUACAAAACAUGUGUAGAUAAUGCAGGUUGUUUUAGGCUUGUUGAAAGUGCAUAUAAUGCUGCUUUGACAGCAGGUCAAUGUGUUGGCAGCUCAGGAUCCAGUGUAAAUACAUGUGACCCCCAAGCUCUUUUAAGUUGCACUUUGCCAACCACCGGCAAUAUUUGCGGUGAACGACUCAGGAUCCAGUGUAAAUACUUGUGA